CACAGGAAAAAAACCUCAUAAAUGUCUGGAAUGUGGAAAGAGCUUCAAAAAAAAAGAGGUUUUUAAAAGGCAUCUAAAUAUCCACUCAGGAGAAAAGAAAUAUGAAUGCAUGGUUUGUGAAAAAUCUUUCAAAACAAAUGGCAAUCUCCAAAGGCAUGUAAGGAUUCAUUCAGGAGAAAGAAAAUAUGAAUGCCCAGAAUGUGAAAAAUGUUUCAAAACAAAUGACUAUCUUAAAAGGCAUCUAAUGGUCCACUCAGGAGAAAAACCUCACAAAUGCCUGGAGUGUGGAAAGAGCUUCAGUGAGAGAAGCAGCCUUUAUAUACAUCAAAGAGUCCAUUUACAAGAAGAAUACAAAUGCGGGGAAUGUGAAAAAUCCUUUAAAACAGUUAAUAUCCUUGAAAAACAUCAAAGAAUCCACAAGCCAAAUAUAUGCCUGGAGUGUGGAAAGAGCUUCACUACAAGGGGAAGUCUAGAUAGCCAUCAAAGAAUCCACACAGGAGAAAAACCCUACAAAUGCUUAGAGUGUGGAAAGAGCUUCCCUAGUGCUUCAAACCUCGUUCGACAUCAAAAAAUCCACACAGGAGAAAAACCACAUAAAUGCCUUGAAUGUGGAAAGUGUUUCAGUAUGAGAGGAAGUCUGUAUAGACAUCAAAGGAUUCACACAGGAGAAAAACCACAUAAAUGUCUACAGUGUGGAAAGAGCUUCAGUCACAAGGGAAAUCUUGAUACCCAUCAAAGAAUCCACACAGGAGAAAAACCUUAUAAGUGCCUGGAGUGUGGAAAGAGCUUCCGUUGUAGCAGCAACCUUUAUAAACAUGAAAAACUCCAUUUACAAAACCCAUACCAAUGUGUGGAAUGCAAAAAAUACUUCAAAACAAUUCAAUUCUUUGAAAAACAUCAAAGAAUCCACACAGGAGAAAAACCUCAUAAAUGCCUGGAAUGUGGAAAGAGCUUCAGUCAAAGGGUAAGCCUUGAGGACCAUCAAAGAAUCCACACAGGUGAAAAACCCUACAAAUGUGUGGAGUGUGGAAUGAACUUCAGUAAGAGGAGCAGCCUUUAUAACCAUCAAAAGAUCCACACAGGAGAAAAACCUCAUAAAUGCCUGGAGUGUGGAAAGAGCUUCAGUCAGAGGAGCAACCUUUAUACACAUCAAAGGAUCCACACAGGAGAAAAACCUCAUAAAUGUCUGGAGUGUGGAAAGAGCUUCAGUCGGAGAGGACAACUUUACCUGCAUCAAAGAAUCCACACAGAAGAAAAAAGAUAUCAAUGUAAAGAGUGUGGAAAAAGCUACCGUUGGAGAGUAAACCUUGAUAGACAUCAAAGAAUCCACUUACAAAAACCAUAACAAUGUUUGGACUGUGGAAAGAACUUCAGUCAGAGAUGAAAACUUUCCCAGCAUCAAAUAAUCCAUUAAUGAGAAAAACCACAUAAAUUCCUGGACUGUGGCAAGUGUUUCACUUCGUUCACAUCAAACAAUCCAUUCAGAGAAAAACUAUAUAAAUGUCUUGAGUGUACAAAAAGCUAUAUUGAGAAUAGAGGCCUUCAUUGACACCAAAGAAAUCAAGUGGGAGAAAAAUGAUAAACAUGCCUAAGUGUGAGAAGUCACAGUGUGUUUCUCAGAAAUAGAAUUGAAUUGCGUAUUUAAUAGUGUGAAUAGACAUGCUAGGAAUUUAUCUCGAAUGUACAACCUCUCUGUACCUACAAAGCAACAGAAUGAUAUUCAUGACAUAAUUAUAAUAAUUCCAAUAUGAGGGUUGAGUAAAGAAGAUAAGGGUAAAUAAUAGGUGCCAAAUCUCAGGCUGAAUAAUAAAGGACUUUUUCAAUUGUACAUGCUAAAUGUUUCAACUAGCUGAAAUUGUACCUUUUCCAAGAGAGUCACGUGACUCAUGAUCCCAUGUGAAUGUUCUCUCUUUAAUCCAAUGCUGCUUUCAAUUUUUAUGCUUAAUGUUAAUAUAUUAUUAACAUAUUAAUAUUAUGUUUCUGUCCAUGUCUCUGAUAUAACUGAGCAGGAUGAUUUCUUCCAGGAUGGUUGAUUUUAAUCAUGAAAAAAAUCACUAUUAAAAAGGCUUGAUUUAAAUCAACUCGAUUUAAAUCAUAAUUUUUAAAGAGCAACUGUUAUGUCUGUCGUGCAGAGGCUCCUCCUCUGAUCCGCUGUUGACUCAUUGACAGUCUCAUUCCUUUUAAUGGGAUGGCUGGUGAUGAGGCAGGGACACAACAAGGUGAGGGACAUGGUGGGUACCACUAACAGGGGCUGCCAUGAUGGAUCUGAAAUGGCAGGUGCUUUUUAAUAUUUUAUUUAUAAGCUGCUUAGAAGGUUUCACUUCCAUUUUUACUGCUUGCCAUUCCCCCUCACACUUGGAGCCUGGUGGUACAAAUGUAUUUAUCUCCAAACAAUUACACAGUUUGUGGUCUAGAUAGAUUUGCAAAACAAGGAAUAUUCCUGCACUU